AUUCCUUAUAUCAUUCACCACCUUUUAAUAUUUAUUACUUCAUUAAAUCUGAUCGUCCUCCUUCUCUAACAUGGAGAAGUGGUAGAAGAUAUUUACAUUCUGAAAGUCAGCAUCUCUCUCGUUUCAUCAACCAUUCUCGUCUUCUUCAUCCUCUUACUCUUUUCCCAAGCAAAUAAUCAACAUCCAUACACACGAUCGAGACUUGUAAAUCUUACUUCUCUCUCGGAUAAUACACACGCGUCAUAGACAUAUUAUGUUUUAUGUGCAGUGUCUUUGAGUCUUUAGACAUGGACAACUUCCAAGGAGACCUAACCGACGUUGUACGAGGAAUCGGAUCUAGACACAUGACAUCAUCUCCUGGGCCACCGGAAGGUCCAUCACCGAGCAGUUUGUCUCCGCCGCUGACUUCGGAUUUUCACGUGGAUUUCCCCUCCUUCGCUAACUCUGAGAUGAAUCCCUUUGGCGACCCGUUCGUAAGCAUGACAGAUCCUCUCCUCAACCUCCCGGCCAACUUCUCCGGCGCCGGAGAUAGCAAAAGCAACAACAGUUUUGCAGUCUUUCCGAACGUUACUGUGGAUGAUCACAUCAAGAGUCAAUGCAGUGUCUUCCCAAGAAUCCGAAUUUCGCAAAGAAACAUCAUCCAAGAUGCAUCCAAGUGUAAUUCCCCAGCUAUGGCCACCUCCUCCGUUGCAGCAGCUUCGCCGUGGGGGAUGAUCAGCGUUGAUAGCACUAACAGUCCAAGAAACUGUUUACUGGUCGAUAAUCAUAACAUCACGUCAUCUUCUUCGCAGAUUCAGAUCUCUUCUUCCCCUCAGAAUUUUGGCAUAAAGAGGAGGAAGGGCCAGGGAAAGAAAGUGGUGUGUAUACCUGCUCCAGCCGCCAUGAACAGCCGGUCCAGCGGAGAAGUUGUUCCGUCUGAUCUUUGGGCCUGGCGAAAAUACGCAAAACCCAUCAAAGGUUCUCCUUAUCCCAGGUAUAUAACAUUUGGUUACUACAGAUGUAGCAGCUCGAAAGGUUGUCCAGCUAGGAAACAAGUGGAACGUAGCCGCACCGAUCCAAACAUGUUAGUCAUUACUUACACAUCAGAACAUAACCAUCCAUGGCCGACUCAACGCAACGCUCUCGCCGGCUCUACUCGUUCUUCCUCAUCCUCCUCUUCAAACCCGUGUUCUAAAUCCGCAACCGCAACUACUUCCGCCUCGUCCAGAGUCUCCCAAAACAAAGAUGAACCCAAUAAGUCCCACUUGCCAUUCACAUCCACUUCUCAUGUGGCCAAAACGGUUAAGGAGGAAGACGUUGAGAAGUGUCAGGAAAAUAUAGAAUUCGAUGACGUUGAUGACACCUAUAGACCGGAGUUUCAACAUCAUCUGGGGGAUUUCUUCGCCGAUCUUGACGAUCUCGAGGAAGAUUUUCUAACUAUGUUGUGCACUCAAGGAUUCUCCGGAGAUAAUAGCGGUGGAGGUAACCUGGAUAACAAAAGAAUGAUUCCCGACGUUUUUAGCGACUUCUUCGACGACGACUCUUCAAGAUCGUUAUAAAUACACCAAAUUUCAGUAACAAAAGAUCGUUCUAAAUAUUCUUAAUAUGUAAUCUAGUCAUGAAUUUCGUGUAAUUCGAAUAACAUA